GUGUUAAGUGUUAAAGCUCUCAUCUGGGAAAUAGAUUUUGUGACCAUGAGAGCUGCUCAUCUGGAAAAUAGAUUUUGUUACUGUUUGAGCACAGAAGAGUUUCCAUUCUGAAUGAUUUCUGGUGUGCUUCAGCAUGGAAGAAUAUUAAUUGAAUUAUGUAAUUUUAUUUGUUUCCUAAAAUAGUUAUUUUUGUGAAAUAUAAUUUCUAUUUAUAAUUAUUUUUUAAUAUUUUUGUGUACCUCCAAAUAUCUCCCAAUAUUAUGUUAGGAAACAGAAGUGAAAUUCUUGUGUAUCUCUGGUACACUGCUUCUCCCUCCCCUCCGAUCACACUCGUUUUUACAGGGAGAUGGUUCUGUUGCAUGGUUUGUGGUUUGUGUGUUAUUUUGUCAGAAAUAGUCAAGUAUAGAAUAUUUCUUGUCUUGAAAAUUGCCAGUGUUUCGGUGUAUGGUGAACUCUAAAUAAGGUUGUGUUUUGCUGUCUUAAGGUUAGUUAUUAUUAUGGUACAGUUUUUACUUCUGUUGUUUAGGGAGGCUUUGGUUGUUGGGGUUUUUUUCCUUCUUUUUCAUGCAUUCAGUCUUGGAAGUCUCUAUGCAACAUCCCAAUAUUUUUGGAUCAUACAGUUUGCAUAGCUCCCAAAUUUUUUAUAUUGGAUGUUUUUCAUUUGGUACCUACAAUCUGCUGUGUAUAGAUGACAUUUACACGUGUUUCCCUGCACUGGGAAAUGAGUGUUCUGUGCUGUUUGGCUGGCUCAGGCCCCAGCAGCAUUGAGGUCAACUGCAGCAUUUGUGUAAAUGUUUUACUAACGUGAUCUCAAGUUAACUUUCAACUUCUUGAAAUUCAUCCUGUGUAGUUAUAUAAUCGUGUUUCACUGCUUGUAUUGAGUAAUGAUAAACUCAAAUUUGAAUAAAACAACUGGAUUUGAUGUGCCUCCAUGACCUCAUGACUUGCCUGAUACGUAGUCCAUCCUGUUAGCUGGAGCCGCGGUGACAGAGUGCAGGUGCAGUGUCCCUUGCUUGGUGCUCUGGAGGUGCUUUCCUUAGGAGUCCCUGGAGUGGAAUAGCUGCUGUUGCUUCCAUCCUGCUUCAGGACCUCCUGCAGCCCUGUGAUUGCUGAUACGUGCUUGGCAGCCUCAAGGGGUCCAUCUCGACAGCCUCAAGAUGGCAUCUUCCAGACUUCCCAUCCUUAUAGCAUUGGCAUUUUCCUCUUUGCCCUUUGUUCUUUCACAUUCAAACAAGGAAAUGUGGUUUCAGGAAUUCUUUCCACCUAAUGUGUGCCCUAUAAAUGCCAAAGCGAACACUUUUUAUGGCAUCAUGUUUGACGCAGGAAGCACUGGAACCCGUAUUCAUAUUUACACCUUUGUGCAGAGGAGCCCAGAAAAGCUUCCAGAGGUGGAAGGGGAAAUCUUUGAGUCUGUGAAGCCAGGUCUGUCUGCAUAUGCUGAUCAGCCUGAAAAGGGUGCUGAAAGUGUCAAAACAUUGCUGGACAUGGCUGUUGAUGCUGUGCCACCUCAUCUCUGGAAAAAGACCCCAGUGGUGUUGAAAGCCACGGCUGGACUUCGCUUGCUGUCAGAGGAGAAAGCUCAGGCUCUGCUGUCAGAGGUGAAAGAAGUCUUUGAGGAAUCACCAUUCCUGGUUCCAGAGGACAGUGUUGGCAUCAUGGACGGAUCUCAUGAAGGAAUUUUAGCCUGGAUCACUGUGAACUUUUUGACAGGGCAGCUGUCUGGCCAGAACCAGCAAACUGUUGGGAUUCUGGACUUGGGAGGAGCCUCAACCCAAAUCACAUUCCUGCCACGGUUUGAGGAAACUCUGAAGGAAACCCCUGAGGAUUUUCUUACCUCAUUUGAAAUGUUUAAUAGCACGUACAAGCUCUAUACCCACAGCUAUUUGGGGUUUGGACUAAAAGCUGCAAGACUGGCAACGCUUGGAGCUUUGAACAUGGAAGUUGUGGAUGGACAAAUGUUCCGCAGUUCUUGUUUGCCUAAGCAGUUGGAGGCAGAGUGGCACUUCGGGGGAGUGAAAUAUCAAUAUGGUGGCAACAAAGAAGGAGAAACAGGAUUCAAGCCUUGCUACUUGGAAGUACUCAAGGUUGUCAAAGGGAAACUUCACCAGCCAGAGGAGAUACGUGGAAAUUCCUUCUAUGCUUUCUCCUAUUACUAUGAUCGAGCAGCUGACACCAACCUAAUUGAUUAUGAACACGGAGGUGUUUUGGAAGUGAGAGAUUUUGAAAGAAAAGCCAAAGAAGUCUGUGAUAACAUGGAGAGGUACAACUCAGCCAGUCCUUUCCUCUGCAUGGAUCUCACUUACAUCACUGCUUUAUUAAAGGAAGGUUUUGGAUUUAGGGACAACACAGUCUUAAAGUUGACAAAGAAAGUAAACAACAUAGAGACAAGCUGGACUUUGGGUGCUACCUUUUACCUGCUGCAGUCUCUGGGAAUGACUUAUUGACUUGUGAUACUGCUGUGGACUUCAGCAUUUCUGAAAAUGCUGAGAAAGUAAAUUGCAAUCUCCAGGUAUAGUGUUCAGCUGGACUGGUCACAGAGCAGAACAUGGACCAAAAAUAUAUGACAGCUCUUUACCCUGGAUUGGCAUUGUGCCUAAUGAGAGUAUGAUUUAUAACUGUGAUUGCCAUAAAUGAUCCAGAAUCUGCCUUAAGAAAGUCAAAAGGUCUAAACUCCAGUGGAGAAUAAGCAAGGGGCUCAAAAUCAGCUUUCACCAGCAAGUUUGUUAGAAGAACAGAGUUCCUGGAUGUGGUGGCAGACUACAGACACAUGACUUCCCCUACCCCCUUCUAUUUAAACAUAAAUAACUUAAAUUUGCUUGUGAGAUGUUAAAUACAGAAAUUAGGAAUAGCAUCAACAGUGAUGCAGAGAAAAGUGAACAACUCUGGAUGCUGCCAACCUCAGUGUUCCAAAAAUCCAGCUGCUAGCUUAGCAAAUACAUGGCAAGAAUAUUCCAGUCUUUCAAGGGCCUGCUGUAAGUACACUUUGGGCAUGGUUUUGGGAAAGGUGCUGGCUAAAACAUAGUCAUUUACCAAGCAGUUUUUAGGCAGUAGGCAUUUCCUAAGCAGAAGGUGUGCCUGUGUUUCAGUUUUGCUGCCCUUUCCAAGUCUGUGCAGCUACACCAUACAUCUGACUACCAGACUUGAUAAAUUUAUUCAUUUAGCAUGUAGUCAUAACACAUAGUUGUGCUGGCACAACGAGGCAGCAGUGCCAGCUAUUGAAACUGCCAGAAGAUGAGCUUGUCACAUUCCACCCACAAGGAGAUUGCAGUCAGAUGAAAUGGCUGAUCUGACAGCUCAGUUUGCUGUGAGAGCCAGCUCUGUUUCUCUGCUCUCAGCAAGGCACAUCCACAGCCUUCUUCCCUCUGCUGCUGGUGCUCCUCAGGUUCUUGUGUGAACUGAUUCAGGACACCUGACCUGAGGUGGUGCUCACCCAAGAGUCAAGUCUGGUGCUAUCCCAAGGACAGCAGGCAAGGCACAGCCCAGCAAGGCCUGCUGGGCCAGCAAGAGGUCUGAGCACCACAGUCCCUUUUGCUGGAGUGAGCUCUAAGGUGUGGUCUCCCAUUUGAAACCCAUCCAUUGCCCUAAGUAAAAACAGCUGUAGAGAUGUCUUCCCCCCAUGAAACAACUGGCAGCUUGCUCUCUUCACCUCUUCAAGGAAUGUGUAAGGUACAGGUGAAUUUACCCCAUCACAACAAAGAGGUAUUGCUCAUGUGACUAAGGGAAACUUCUAGCCACUGAUGUCUUGUGAUGAACAUUUCCCUGAUGGGCAGUUGCAGUUACCAAGUGUCCCAGUUGCUCUAAAACACCUUUCUGUCAAACCAAAGACUGCCCUCACGCUGCCUUCUCUGCAAACUGGAUUUGAAAAUAAUUGGUAAUUCCCAGCAAGGGGAGGAAAUCAUGCACUCAUGUCUUCAAUGGUCUUGCCAAACAGUUUGGAGACUUAGAAAUUUGCCUUACU